AAUCAAAAUAUCAUUGAAAUUUCAUGGAAGUGCGACGAAAAAGAGAAAACUAAACAAUAUUUACGAAAACAAAACGAUUUCUACUCAAUGAAAUAAACACAAUCAUACCAGUUUAAACAAAAAUGGAUUUGUCAGCCACAAUCGAGAAAAAUAAGGCUCCAGAAUGCGCAGUGGGUGCCGUUUUGGUGCCAAGCCAAGAACUUCCUGCAGAAACUCCCAUAGUUUCCGGGUACGACUGGGAAAGUGGAACGGAUUACAAUAAAAUACUCGACAGCUACACCAGAUCUGGUUUCCAAGCCACCAACUUCGGCAAAGCGGUAAUAGAGAUCAACAAAAUGCUCAAAUGUCGCUCUGUUACGUUGACUGAAGAAACUAGCGACCCUUAUGAAGAAGACUCAUUUAUUAAAAAGAAGAGUAACUGUACUAUAUUCUUAGGGUAUACUUCUAACAUGAUUUCGUCAGGUUUGAGAGACACGAUAAGAUUUCUAGUCAAAAACAGACUUGUGGAUUGUAUUGUGACCACUGCCGGAGGGGUAGAAGAAGAUCUUAUCAAAUGCCUUGCCCCAACCUAUGUAGGAGACUUUAAUCUCAGUGGAAAAGUGCUAAGAACCAGGGGGAUAAACAGAAUUGGUAACUUGUUAGUGCCAAAUGAUAAUUACUGUUGUUUUGAAGAGUGGGUAACGCCGAUAUUGGACGAAAUGCUUGAAGAACAGAUAAAAGACGGGACUAUUUGGUCGCCGUCAAGAAUUAUAGCUAAAUUGGGAGAGAAAAUAAAUGAUGAAAGUUCAGUAUGUUAUUGGGCAUGGCGUAACAAUAUCCCUAUAUUCAGUCCGGCAUUAACCGAUGGAUCUUUAGGUGAUAUGAUGUAUUUCCACUCGUUCAAACGAUCUGGUCUUGUGAUUGACAUUUUAGGGGACUUACGAAGGCUGAAUACGAUGGCUGUGAAAGCUAAUAAUACGGGUAUGAUUAUAUUGGGAGGUGGAGUUGUGAAACAUCAUAUUUGUAAUGCAAAUUUGAUGAGGAACGGUGCUGAUUAUUCAGUAUAUGUAAAUACAGCGAGUGAGUUUGAUGGCAGCGAUGCGGGUGCCCGGCCUGAUGAAGCCGUUUCCUGGGGAAAGAUUCGGAUGAAUGCGACUCCUGUGAAGUUAUAUGCGGAUGCUACGUUGGUGUUCCCGCUUCUAGUUGCUCAGACAUUCGCCAAAUAUCAUUUCAGCAAUAAAAAGAAUGUGUAA